CAGGCCCAACGGCGAACCGAUCGGCUGUCCAGCGUAGCCCAUUUGUGAUUUGCCACAUGCGCGGUGCUCAACACAACACUUUACUUCUCCCACUCUAACGCUUGCGGACAUUCCUGGCUCUUCAUCCUCGCGCUCACUACUUCCCGUUGUCUCCUAGACGUCCCGAGCGGUUGGAUUUCCGGUUCUUCGCAUGGUGAUCGGCCCAGUGCAUUGCCGGCGUGCUCAGCUUUGUCUUGUCUUGCCUGUCGUCUAUAUCGUUUGCGUCAUCUGGCCAGCCCAGUCAGUCAUCUGCACGUUGUCGAGCCGGGAUCAAGUGGCCUCAAUUUCCUGUCGCCUUGGACGGUGGAAUUUUUUGGGAGGCGUGAAGAGGGAGCCAGGAUCCAGCGACAGCAGGAAUCUUUCCUUCUAGAAGGUUGGUGGUCUCCGAGACGCGCGAGGAG